AUGAAAGAUUUAGGCCCUCUCAAUUAUUUCCUUGGUCUUCAGGUUUCGUCGUGUUCUAAAAGGUAUUAUUUAUCUCAGGCGAAAUAUGCGUCUGACCUUUUAACGCAUUCUGGUAUCACUGAUAUUGUUAUUGCACCAACACCAUUGGACUCUAAUGUCCGCCUAACCUCUUUUGAUGGCAUUCCUCUCGAGGAUUCCACUAUUCUUCCUUGGUUCUCUCUAGCUGCACUGAUACUGACUAGGCUGGUGAUCCUACUGAUUGACGAUUCACCACAGCUGAUAUGUGAGCUCUCUAGGUCUCUGCUACUAUUUUUGCAUUAUGACAAUCGUAGUGCUAUUCAGAUUGCUUAUAAUGACGUGUUUCAUGAACGAAUGAAGCAUAUCGAGAUCAACUGUCACUUUGUUCGUCAUCAUCUUCAAAGCUCCACCCUGUGUCUUCAAGCCAUAUCUACGACUGAACAGCCCGUUGAUAUAUUCACUAAAGUACUCUCCCCUGCACGCUUUGGUCAAUUAUCUUGCAAACUCAAGUUGGUUUCUACUUUACCACCUUGA